CACGUACGUGUGUGUGUGUGUGUGUGUGUGUGUGUACGGAUGUAUGGAUGUACGUACGGACAGCAAUCACUUUAAAUAAUAACCCCGUACGACACAUGCGCAUGACGACACUAAACAACUGGUUGUUAUCGUUGUAAGUCGCCCUUGCCACCGUCGUUGUUGUUCGCAUUAUUGUUGUUGUUGUUGUAGUGCUGGUGCUGGUGGUGGUCGUGGUGGUGGCGGCGGCGGUGGUGGUAUUCGUCAAUCUUAUGGCGGCACUUGGUGGUGGUGGUUGCACCCUUUUUAAAAAAAAAAAAUUUUUUUUUACCUAUUUUGAUUCGUUGCUAACUUCAAGUCUAAGGGAGAGUCCCUUCCCUUUUUUUCCACCCCCACCUUGCUAGGCCCACCACACUCAGUAAUAACGUGAGACCGUUUUAGAUCUUAAGCUUUUCAAAUUAACAAAACCUUCAUUUUACCACUUCCACGUAUAUAUAUAUAUUCAUAUAUAUAUAUAUAUAUGUGUGUGUAUAUAAAUUUACAUACAUAUUACUAGUCAUCGACCCAGCACCGGACCAACAACCCCGAUCGUCCGCGCGUACAAUUUAACAUUUAAAAACAAUUUACCCCUGAUUUGUAUGAUAUAUAUAUAUAUAUUAUAUAUAUAUAUAUAUAUAUAUAUGUAUGUAUGUGUGUGUUGAAGCACCUAUUGUUUACCACCAACCCCACUAAAUUACACGAUCUUAUUCUCAUUUAAGUUAUAUAUAUAUAUAUAUAUAUAUAUAUAUAUAUAUAUAUAUAUAUCACACACGCACACACACAGAGGAAAUCCGUAUUGUGACCUGUUCAGGGUUUUCGAGACGGCCUGAUCCCUUUCAUUACAAAGAGGAAGAGCCAAGAACCUUUUCUUGUAUUUUUUCAUUUUCUCAUCAUAUAUAUAUAUAUAUAUAUAUAUAUAUAUAUAUAAUAUGUAUGUAUAAAAUAUUACAGAUCUAACAAAUGCAGAAAAAACUACAGAGAUGGAAGGAACCAGCAUUAUUACACAAGGUGCCACAUUGGUCAUCUAAGUGCUACUAUAUGGUACUGGCCCUUGGUCAACAAACAACAAGAACAGGGGUGAGCUGUGAAAAUCGACUCUUGUCUUGCCAGCAACAGAAUACUUCAUGGUUAUCACGAAACACAAUUGCACAAUAAUUGUUUUGCUAAUGACCAGCAUUCACAUCACCUCAAUUCAAGCAAACAACCAGAAUUUUUGUCCUUUGCUUUUUGAUCGGAAGAUGGUAACAGAAAUGUAACCAGUGCUUUUUGUUAAUUCAUAAAUGCAAAUUUUCAUUGUCACCAUACUUGGUUUGUUGACAUUUUAAUUGUACUACGGAGGAGUUUGAAAAAUAUUUCAUUCUAAUUGGAGAUGUACUUUGAUGGUGGAAACAAAUUUGUUUUGCAUGUGGAAUACCUUAUGUCCACUCUAUACUACUGACUAUAUUAAUAACUGCUGUCAAAAAAAAAUAUUUUCACAAAAAAAAAAAUUAUCAUUUUUUUCUUAUUUUACUUUCCACUAAACCCCUCCUCCCUCUCCCUUACAAUUAUCUAUUUGCUAUUGUAUAUCUGAUAUAUAUAUAUAUAUAUAUAUUCCAGAUUGGAUAUGCUGGCCUAAGAUUUGUUCAUAAUCAGUAGAGAAGCUGCUGUUGCACUGAGGAGCUCAAGUUCUGGUUAAAUAGAAUAUCUCUCACGUGGUCUUUUUCUAUCUACAUACACUUUCACAGAAUCAUACACAUAUCACAAAUAACAAAAGCAAGUUGAGGGAAAGAAAAUUUACAAGUUUACUUACUGUUAUAAAUGUGUGUUGGUGGAAAUUUAAUCCAUGCUGUCUCCACAAGAAGGCUUUUUAAAAUCUUACUGUGGUACUUUGUCUACAGAUGAGGAAUUCUUGAGGCCGAAAGCAAUUAUGGCAUCUGAAAGUGACCUCUUCCGGUCAAGAAGCUUAAUGGCGCUAGACAGUGACUGGUUUCGAUCUCGAGGUAUGAUUCCUCCUGAUAGUCUCUUUAGACCCAGGAAUGUAGUGAAUCCUGAAAAUGAUUAUCAGCGUGCUCGAGGCAUGAUGGCUGCUCAGGAGAAUGAAUUGUUUAAGUCAAGGAGCAUGAUAACUUUAACGAAUGAGCAUACGAGACAUAAGAAUAUACCUGCUUAUGAGAAUGACUUUUUUAGACCAAAAGGAAUGAUAUUCUCACCUGACAACUGCAAUAUACAAAGACCUUGUAAUCAACUGAACAAAGACUUAAAUGAAUCCAUGAGAAUGAAAGGAUUUGUACCUCAUAACACUCCUGAACUCAUGAACCUGAAAGGGAUCAUGCCACAUGACUCAAAUGAAACCCUGAAAUCAAAGAAUUUAUCCAUGCUUGGUUCUGAUCUGUUGAGGACAAAAAAUUCCCUACAUCCUCAAGAAAGUGAUUAUCUCCGGUCAAAGGGUAUUUUCCAUCAUGAACAUGAUUUGGGCAGAUCUUCAAAGAACAUAAUACCUCAAGACAGUAUGAUGUUAGGAUGUGACACUAAUGAUUUGCUGAACUCCAAAGAUUUGGUAGUUCCUAACCCUGAUAAUGUCGAUCACAUGUUGAGACCUCCUCCGAUGACGGAAACUUCAAAAAGUCCACACCCCGAUUAUCUCCCUCCCAAAAUCAGUGGCGGUGAGAUGAUGAAGCCUCAGUUUUUGUAUCCACCAGUCAGCAACCAGCAUAGCAAUACUACUCUUAAUUCAAAAUGUUUAGAGAGAGUGCCAACGACAACUACAAAUACAACAGGCAUCACAACCACGGCAACAUUCAGCUCAAAUGGAAGUGAACACUGCACCAGUUUAUCCUCAUUAGACAGCUCUGUUAAUCCUGUAUCACAUCCUGCUUGCUCUUCGGCUAAUUCUCAUAAUUCUUCUUCCACACACUCUAUCAUGCAUUCUCCUGUUACUAACUGCUCUGAACAUGUUCAGACUACUAAUUGUGAUUCUUGUACAACAAGCACUGACAACAUCAAAUCUUCUCCCAGUCACAUCAUUCAACACAAUGUUCAACAAGGAAAAGAUAAUAUCAAUAUCCAGCAGAUGAAUAUGGUUAAGAAAGCUACAUUCUCUUUGAAAGGUCCAUAUGAGUGCAAGUCAUGUCACAAAUGGUUUUCCACUUCAAGCAAUUUGUCGGUUCAUAAGAGAGUUCAUUCAGGUGAGCAACCCUAUAAAUGCGGGAUAUGUCUGAAAGCAUUUUCAACAUCAAGCAACUUGACUGAACAUCUGACCACUCAUUCUGGUGAAAGACCAUUUGAGUGUGAGAUUUGCCACAAGCGUUUCUCUCGAUCCAGUAAUCGUAAAGUACACAUGAGAAUCCAUUCUGGAGAACACCCAUUCAAAUGUACAAUGUGCCCAAAAGCUUUCACCACAUCAAGUAACCGGACAGUUCACAUGCGAACUCACUCGGGUCAGCUCAGAGAUUUCCAGUGUGAUAUCUGCCCUAAAGCCUUCUCCCAAGCACGCUACCUUUCAGAACAUCUCAAGAUUCAUUCAGUUGAACGCAGUUUUGAAUGUGACUAUUGCAACGAGAUUUUCCCUAAAUACUUUGAGUUGACUCGUCACCUAAAGAAACACACUGGGGACAAACCCUUUCAGUGUGAUGUUUGCCAAAAACCGUUUUCCCGUUCCAGUCAUCUGACUGUCCAUAUGCGUUCGCACACAGACGAACGUCCGUAUAGCUGUGACACUUGUUCUAAGACCUUUUCCACAUCUAGUAAUCUUUCAGUCCACAAAAGAGUUCAUUCUGGUGAGCAGCCAUAUAAGUGUGAAAUAUGCUUCAAAGCAUUCUCGACAUCAGGCAAUUUGACCGAGCACAUGACUAUUCAUUCAGGAGAAAGACCUUAUGAAUGUGACAUCUGUGAAAAAGCAUUUUCAACAUCUAGCAAUAGAACUGUCCAUAUGCGGACUCAUUCUGGAGAACAACCAUUUGCAUGCGACAUAUGUUUCAAAGCUUUCACUACCUCUAGUAAUUUAAGGGUUCACAAACGGACUCAUUCAGGGGAACGACCAUAUAAAUGUGAUCAAUGUCCAAAAGCAUUUUCCCAGUCUGGACCCCUCAAUGCUCACAAAAAAACUCAUUCACAUGUACCUUUAGCUUAAAGGUACACACACACACACACACACGCGUGUGUGUGUGUAUAUUUGUAUGUGUCUAUAAAAGUAUAUGUAUAUAUGAAUAUAUAACUAUAUGUUGUAUCUUGAAAGGGUCAUUUUGCCAAUA